AUGUUUAUAUGUUUAACAUGUUUAGCAAAUGGGGAUAAAUUAUUAUCAAAAAAUUGUGGUCAAUCUCGUGCUAAAUCAGAGACAAUUAAAUCAUUAAUAGUCGGUGGCGUUGAUGUGGCACCGGGAGAGUUUCCGUGGCAGGUCAUACUCAGCUAUCAAUUUCCAUGGGGAUCGGCAGACAAUUGUGGUGCAACAAUUAUCAAUGAAAAUUGGGUCUUAACUGCGGCCCACUGUACAGUAGAAAUGCCCGAUAAAGAUAAGUAUAAUAUAAGACUCGGUGUCCGCAAUCGUACGGCACAUGAAACCAGUGAAGUCAAUGUACGACCAGUUAAGAUUGUAACAAACAAUUAUAAUCCGUCAAAAAUAUCUAAUGAUAUAGCAUUACUCAAAUUAAAUGAAUCAUUAGAUUUCAAUGGCAAACAUAAACAUUUGGCACCUAUUUGUUUGCCCGACAGUAGUAUUACUAUCAAGGAUUGCGUGGCCACUGGUAUUGGAUUAAAUAAGACUUAUAAACAGCCGGUAAUAAUGCAAAAAGUAUCGGAGCCUAUCGUUGCCGAUAAUAUUUGCCAUAACUUAUAUAGUGAUGUAUACAACCAAACACAACAACUAUGCGCCGGUGGUCACGGUAGUACCUGCACCGGUGACUCGGGUGGACCACUACAAUGUCAAACCAAUGAUGGCAAAUGGUAUCAGUUUGGCAUUACAUCAUAUGGUGCACCCGGUUGUGAUGAAACUGAUUUCGGUGUCUAUACUAAAGUUUUGUCAUUUACUAAUUGGAUUCAACAAGUUAUUGAUAAUAAUUAA